UGUUUUUGUUAUGUUAUCACUAAUUGAUAAAUUCACUAUUCAUUUCAGCUUUAUUUGUUAUGAAGAUUUCCUCUGUUUUUCGUGUUUAAUUAAAACUAUUUUUCAUUGGCUUACAAAUUGGUAUUUGCGCWUUUUAACAUACCAAAGUUAAAGCGAAGGGAGCUCACGUUUUUCAUACUUACAUAGUCAAGUUACAAAGACAGGUGAACGUAAUUUUGAAUAUCUGUCGCUAUACCACAGCAAAGUAAUAAAAAAACAACAUGGGAUUCUGACCAUAGGACUUCCAUUUAACUAAUGAGAUAAGCCUGGMUUAUAUAAGCCCCUCCUUAAUUAACUCUUUAAUCCACCUGCACACGCCAACCAAACACAGUUUCCUGGGCGAACUAAAGCGAUUUUUGAUUAAUAAAAUGAACUGCGAGUGUUCAGGUGUAGGAAGUUGUUGCAAGAAUAACCUCGAUCUCAAGUAGUCAUUAGUUGAAGUGAAAGUAAUUGAAGAAACUCGAUGCAUUGUGGGUUAUAUUGGUUGUCUGACAAAGAUUCAAAUACCGGUAACAUUAUUUACAUUGAGGAAAUYAUUAAAGCUAUCGACCAUGGUAAAUAACACAACCAAGCCGUUAAUCAACUACAGUCGACGAGACUUGUUUGAUGGUGAAAUUACUAUCGGUUUAACAAUUCUUGGUGUCAUUAUAUGCAUCUUUGAURUCCUUGGCAACUCCAUUGUCAUUCACAUUGURCGCACGCGCGCGCACAUGCGUACUACGACAAAUUURUUGAUUGCAAAUCUGGCAGCCGCUGACCUGUUGAUGGUGCUCGUGGUCGCAUACCUAACCAAGCACUAUUUUGUAGGAUUUGAUUGGUUCAAAGGUCUGUUUGGUCAUGUGACGUGUAAACUAGUGUUAUCAUUACAGCCAUUGAGUGUSGUAACGUCAGUUCUUAGUCUCACUGCUAUUACUYUAGACCGAUUUUUCGCCAUUAUGUUCCCUCUAAAGACAUUYAUUACAAUCAAAAUAGCCAAGCGACUAAUGGCCGUCAUUUGGAUCCUGUCAGUAGCCUUUUCGAUCCCAAUAGCUGUAGUCUCGAAGUCGUAUCCUCUUGGCACCAGCCACAUUUGUUUUGASAACUGGAAAUUUUAUGGACUUCAUUACCGUUAUUACGUCAUCUCCUUCUUUGUKAUUGGAUACAUUUUCCCUUUCGUUGUUAUGGUAACACUGUAUACAUUAAUGGGCAUAAAGUUAUUGUAUGGCAAAGUACCUGGAGUCCAGACCCCUGAAACAAUAGGCCGGAUCAAGACUGGCCGACGAAAAGCCACUAAAAUGCUGAUAACUGUCGUGAUUGCCUUUGCAUUGUGCUGGCUUCCACUUCAGUUAGCUGAGAUCUUGCAUGUMUUCGCACCAGAAACUUACAAAUCAAUCCCUUUCAAGUUGAAUCUACUUUUACCAUAUUUUGGAAUCGUGAACUCGGUCAUCAAUCCAUUCAUUUACGUUAUCUUUUGUGAAAAGUUUCGUUUUGAGUUUUCAAGAAUUCUGUGUCGUUGUCCAAAAGUUGCUGACAUGGAUAGAAGUUGGUCGUCGAAAAGUUUUAAUCGUUGUACAACAAAAGCCAAAUCUGGAUCUUCUGUUGAGUUAGUUACGAGACGAUCGAUCACUACAUUUGUUUGACGACGUUUAGUUUGAGGAUUGAAAGAAAUGAGUCGAAACGAGGGAGACUAAGUAAAGGAUAGAGGAACAUGACUAUGAGUAAAUCAUGAAGACACUAUUUUUAUUAUUUUUGGAGAGGAAUAUAUAGGUUAGUUACUAAAGCCAAAACAUCUCAUACAUUCAAGAACGACAUGAUCACUAACAAAGAACGCGUCAAAUCACGCAUAUUAAUUAAACUGCUUUUUAAAGGCCCAGUUUGCACCAUUAUGCUUUGCGAGCCUCUGUUAUUGUUAUGACUUACACCAAAAUAAUU